AAAAACGCCACGGAUGAGCCAGUUCCUUACAUUAUAUUUAUAUUUAUACCUAUAUAUCUCAGAUUAAAUGCUAUUGUACGUAAACUUCUAUAAUACCUGUCUUAUUCCAUAUAAUAUAAAUAUCUAUUGUCCGUAAGUUUUGACACAGCCAAAGUUAAGUGAUUCUAAAUCCUCUGUUCUCAGAAUUCAGUACUUGGUACAGUAAUAUAACUUUUUGCAACUUGUAUUUUAGAUUUUAUAUUAGUCUCUUCUUCUUAACUGUACCCUGUAACUUUCAAAUACUCACCCCAAGUCUUUAAAAGUUUCGAGUUUAAAUUAAAGCUACCGGUUGUAAACAAUCUUUUAAAUUAUUUGGGUUUGCACCAGUGUAAAUACCGAGUACAGAGUAGAGUUUUUAAAAGUACAUACAUUUGAAGGAGAUAUAUAUUAGGAAAAAGUAAAAUAGUGAUCAGUGUAACGUGUUAAUAGUAAUGAGUGUGAUACAAAUAUACAAUUAAAAGGUACAGAGGUAGGAGUAAAAAGUCUCGUGGGUGUGGAUGCGCGUUGGUUGCGGGAUUUGAGUUGUGUAUAAGCCAGCAAGUAACUUCCAACGGAACGGCGCCACUCGUUUCUGUUAUUGACAGCGGGCGCGCCGUCUCAUGCUGUUGCUGUUCCUGUUGUGUGUUGGAGCAGGAGUAGACCGCGAGGACUGAAGAGUAGAGUAGAGUAUAGCGGAGUAGAGUUGGGUUGAGUUUAAUUUAACUGAACUGAACAGAACAGAGUUGAGCCGGUCGAGGCCGACGAGCUACGAGGAUUUCCCUGCAGACGAGCUACGAACUAAACGCAAAACCGUUGCUGCAGACACUAGACAGUGGAGUUGCUUUUGCUUACUCGCGUGCAAGGUUAGGUCCUGGAACUUGAAAAUAAUAUUUAUGAGGCUGCAUAAAUAAUUAUUAAUACGUGACGUUCGUGUGUAUUACUGGUGGUGUGUAAGUUAUAUUUUUUUAAAUUAUAUAUGUGGAUAUUUAUACAUUUAAAGUUAUUAAUUUAGUGUUUGUAUUCGAAGGUAUUUUUGGAUGACUUGUUAAUGGCGGGAAGUUUUUAUUUUUUUUGUGGACAUGUGGCUGCUGUUUGAAUCCUGUCAAGUUCAGGAAAUAAAUAAAAAUUAAUCAUCAAGACAGCAGAAGCAAAAGCAACAGAGGCAGCCGUAGCUAGAGACUUCAUUUACUUUUAGACGCUCAGUUUUUCCGGGAAAUUUAUUAACACCAUUGAUACAAUUAACCGGCAAGUGCGAGUGCAAAAAGUAUAAGAAGAAAAUCUUGAUAAAACGAGCGAUUCUUUUCUCGUAAAUCCAGUGGCGUAAAAAGUUGUUUAAAUAAAAAUAAUAAUGAUAAUACUGGAGCAAUUUAAGUGAAAAGAAAAAGGAAGAAAGUGGUGAAGAAAAUAAAAUAAAAAAAAUAAAAUCUCAUUAUACUGUCGGCAUCUUUUCAGUGGAACUUUUCCAGAAAAGACGAAUGCAUCGUUUUUCUUACUCCAGUACUCGGAUUUUUUUAGUUGCCAUCCAAGGACUCAGUAGGCAGAGACGUCGUCGUAGAGUGAAUCGCGAUAAGUAUCCUCGACACGUCGCGGUCGCUUCUGACGUCCGUGCAAGACGAAAUUGGUCGUCUACGUAAAACCAUUGGACAGUCGAAUUUUUCAUUUUUCACUGCUCUACAAUUUUCCUCCUAUUCUUUUCUGUGUAUACACACAUAUAUAUAUAUAACGUGAUAUAGCUGCGUACUUUACUACAGAACGAGAUUUUCUCAGCAAUCUUUUCACAAUAUCCUCUUGUUGGGAAGAUCUACAGUCUCUUGAGCACCAGAAAUCUUGGCGAACUGACCAAGUAAUCUGGCGCAGAUAACAACAUGUGAAUUGUGUAUUUCGAGAAACAAUCAACAUGAAGUCCUGAAACAAGAAAUUUAAAUUCUGAACCGUUGAAUUCAAAUCCGAGGCUUUAAAAAUGCCUUGAUUCGGAAUCAAAUAAAAAUUACAGACAUUUAAAAUAAAUAAACGGAAGUUUAUAAAGUGAGAACAAUAAUAUUUGUUCUUGUGUUGCUUUGUAAGAAAGUACAAUAAUUCAAAUAUGUACAAACUUUUUCGGCGUGGCUCCGGCCGCAUGUUGAUACUGUGCGUGGUGAUACUGUCACUGCUGGUGUGUUUGUAUUACGUAAGUCAGAUACAGGCGCCGUCAACGGGUCAAGCGCCAGCGCUUCUUGCAGCACCUGUGGGUGUUAGAUACGAGCAACGGUCACCCCUCACUACCCUUGUACCUGACUACAGUGAACAACCUGACGCGAGAGUUUCAACGUCCAAUUGUCCGCUGACACAGCCCCGAAAUGCUGACAUUGACACCCUCACUGAAUUCGCUAAAUUUGAUUUCCAGCCCUCGUGGAUGAGAAGUCGAGAAUACUGGGACGACAGUUUUGAAGCACGGUAUGCAGAACUUCGUAAAGACCCGACAAGGCCACCGCUCAAGGUGAUACUGAUGCCACACAGCCACACUGAUCCCGGAUGGCUGAAAACUUUUGAACAAUAUUUUCACAGCUCAACACGUGGUAUUCUCAAUAACAUGGUUACGAAAUUGCAGCAGUGGCCAAACAUGACAUUUAUCUGGAGUGAAGUUUCGUUUUUAUCAUUAUGGUGGGAAAGUGCUCACCCGACGAAAAAAGCGGUGGUAAAACGUCUCGUGAAGGAGGGUCGCCUCGAAAUGACCACCGGGGGCUGGGUGAUGACGGAUGAGGCCACGUCCCAUAUCUACGCGAUGCUCGACCAGCUUAUAGAAGGUCAUCAAUGGUUGAAAUCUAAUCUCGGAGUAUCGCCGCAGUCGGGCUGGUCAGUGGAUCCGUUUGGACAUGGCGGUGCUUUGCCGUACUUACUGAAAGCCUCGGGUGUAUCUGGUACAAUAAUCCAGCGGAUUCACUACGCGUGGAAGCAGUGGUUUGCCAAGAAACAGUACGGCGACUUUAUCUGGUUACAACCCUGGGAUCAGAUAGGAGCCUACGACAUGUUAACUCACAAUCAGCCCUUCGAUAUUUACAACAUCAAGCACUCGUGCGGUCCCCAUCCUCACGUAUGCUUGAACUUUGACUUUAGGAAGAUCCGUGGUGAGUAUACCGAGUACUCAGUACGUGCUGUUGACAUAACCCCCAAUAAUGUCAAGCAGAUGGCUGAAUUACUGCUCGAACAGUACUCGAGAACUGGUUCACUGUUUUCACAUAACGUCGUUCUAAUGCCACUUGGAGAUGACUUCCGGUACGAUCAUCCUAUCGAGUGGGAUCAGCAGUACACCAAUUACAAGAUUCUCGUUGAUUACAUAAACAGCCGAAAAGAUGAAUACAAUGCGGAAAUUAUUUUCGGUACACCGAAAGACUAUUUCAGAGAAAUCGAAAAACGGAUGCAAAAAUUUCCCACACUCAAGGGAGAUUUUUUCGUCUACUCAGACAUUUUCAGUGAGGGCCGACCCGCUUACUGGAGCGGCUACUUUACGACAAGACCUUAUAUGAAGAUCCUAGACCGCGAACUUGAGGCAAAUUUACGGUCUGCUGAAAUAUUGUACACGGUCGCGCUUAAUGUGGCACGACAAAGUGGCAACGAUAUUAAAUUAUACGAGACAUAUUUUGAGAAACUCGUAAAAGCUCGGCGUAAUCUCGGGUUAUUUCAACAUCAUGACGCAAUAACCGGUACAUCUAAAUCAUUUGUUAUGAAGGACUAUGCAUUAAAAUUAUUUGAGUCUAUAUCAGACAUGACAAAUGUACAGAGUUUUGCGAUACAAUCCUUGACUGCGACUACAUCCAAAAGUAAUAUUAUUUACGUUUUGCCAGAAAGUGAUCGCGAUAGCUUUGAAAAACUUCCGAAAAAGAUACCGAUAAUAAUCAACGGCCGUGAAUCCAAGAAAGUUAUCUUGUUUAAUCCGUUGGCUCAGCCACGACAAGAAGUUGUCAGCGUUAAAGUUAACUCUCAUAAAGUUCGCGUACUAGAUCCAUCGAAAAAUCCCGUUCCGUACCAGAUAGCGCCGGUUAUGAACGCAACAAGUAUAACCCACGACGUAUAUGUUUUACUAUUUGUAGUGGACCUAAAACCUCUGGCAAUAGCGACUUAUCAUAUUGAGCCAAUAGAUAAAGUGCCCACUGAAUCCCUGUCAACUGUCUACUGCAAUAGAUGCGGCAAAGACAACAUAUUUCCAAUAAAAUCAAUGCCCUCAAGUGACAUACAGUUAGAAAAUCAUCGUAUGAAAUUGUUGAUUGACGGGCAAACUGGUUUGUUAAAACGUGUUACUAAAAAAUCAACCGGUAAAGUAACACAAUGUACAAUACAAUUUGCAGCAUAUGCAUCCGCUCAAUUUCACAGUGGAGCGUAUUUAUUCAUGCCAGAUCCAAAUUUACGUGAUACUGACAAAGAUAUUUUGGAAGCAUACACGCCGCAUCAAAAAAUUUACAUCAUAUCGAGUAGUUUGAGCUCGCGGCUAACUGUCGAGUACGGAAAAUUAUUGACCCAUCAUAUAACAAUAUUUCAUCACGAUGGCCCUCUAGCAGAAGCCAUACACAUCAGAAAUGUCGUUGAUUUUGAAACUCCACCUAAAAAUCGUGAAACCGAAAUGUUUAUGCGAAUACAGACGGAUUUGGUAAAUGGUGAUCCUCCGGAGUUUUACACGGAUGUAAACGGCCAUCAGAUGUUGAAGAGAACUAAAAUAGAACGAAUUGGAAUCGAGGGUAAUUAUUAUCCGAUAACGACAAUGGCUUAUAUUGAAGACAGUACUCAGAGAUUAACUUUGUUAGUAAACCACGCGCAAGGCGCAGCCAGUUAUCAGCCAGGAUGGCUUGAAGUUAUGCUGGAACGCAGAACUUUGUAUGAUGAUUCACGGGGCAUGGGCGAGGGUUUGCUGGAUAACCGUAAAACGGUAUUGAAACAUUGGUUACUUCUUGAAGAUAUAACUGGUGAUAAAGACGAAUACUCAAAGCCUUCGUUGUUUGCAAACCACAUAAGUAACUUUCUUAACUAUCCUAUAAAUAUAUUUAUUGUUGAUAAAACUGAAAGUGAUGUGAUUAUUAAGUCUGAAGUUCAGUUAAUAAGUAAGAGUUUACCGUGUGAUUUACAUCUGCUUAAUUUAAGAACUAAUCAUGAUCAAAAGCUCCCGCAUUUUCCGGUGAGCAGUGCACUGAUGGUGUUACACAGACAGGGUUACAGUUGUUCUGUUGGUGCAGACAUUACUUUAAAACAUUGUCCGCUGAGUGAUAAACCUCAUCCAGCAACAAACUUUUAUAAAUUAAACCGCGCUAACAUAACGCGCAUGUCAUUGACGGGUACUUUUGUCAAAAAGUAUUUGAAAGAUGGCUUCAAAAGUAUUAAUCCAAUGCCGAUGGAAAUAGAAACUUACAAUGUACAUUUUUUACAGUGACCAGGUAGUUAGUGUUGAUAAUUUUUUUUUUAAUUUAUAAUUAUUUAUUUGAAAAAAGUAUUUAUAGAAAAAAUUAUAUCGGACGAUGGCGACAAUAUUUUAUUGACAAGUGAAAGGUUUUUCUGCACUGUGAAAAAUUCACAACAAAUUUUACUAUGGGUGCAUGGUAACACCGGACUAUAAGAAAACUGGUACAAAAUUUACAAGUAUCCCAUAGUAAACGUAUGCGCAUAGGCCACAAUCGUGUAGUCUGCGCAUACGUUCACUAUGGGACACUUGUAAAUUUUGAAUCAGUUUUCUUAUAGUCCGGUGUUACUAUGCACCCAUAGUAAAAUUUAUUGGGAAUUUUUCACAGUGUCCUGAGGUAUAGAAUAAAUAUUUGAAUAUUUGAAUUACUCGAUGAAAUUAAAAGUUUUAAUUGAGAUUGGUGACACGAAUCGUAAUCCGUGGACAAUAGAUCCGCGACGUAAAAUCCGCGACAUGAAAUCCGAAGAUAUUUUGUCCGAUAGACAAAGUAUCCUUGGACUAAAUAUUCAAGAGACAAAAAAUCCGUGACAAAAUAUCCUGUCGAUAAAUCUUAUUCAGAAAAAUAUAUUUUCAGUGAAAAAAUAAUUCAUAGUUUUCGAUAAACGGGUACUGUACCAUUCCAAGCAUAUGUGUUGAUCUAUUUUUAAUAUCACACACUCAAAUUUUAUGUGAAAAUAUAUUAAACAUUUCUGAUAAAAGGGUACCGUACUAUUUAUAUUAUAAGAUAUUUUGUCGGGGAUGUUUUAUCUAUCGAGUAUUUAGUCCGGGGAUAUUUUGUCGCGGAUUUAAUGUCUUCGGAUUACGAGUGACGGAACCUUGAGAUUUUAAUUGCAGAUUGAUAAUUUCUUACUAUAAAUAAGAUUAUUUUAUUAUUUUAUUGUAAGUUAAUAUUUCCAUGGCUUUGAUGUUCCAUUUUACCUCGCAUAUGAAUUAUGACUUACGAUUUAUUAUUAUUAUUUUUUUUUAUUAUUUAUUUAUCUACGCAUUGAUAGCGCUCUCUUGUGUGCAUACGGAAAUAAUGGUAAAGAUAAUGAUAAUAAUAAUUAUAAUAUUAAUAAUAAUAAUGAGAUUAUGAUUAUUGUAAUAUUGUAAAAUUGGUUUAAUUUAUUUAUAAUAGUGACGACGUUCACAAUGUUCUUCCAAUUCUUGAGUGGAUGAGAAGGACCUUUUGUAAAGUGUAUUUUCAAAAGGAUAAUAUUAUAUAAAUAUAUAAACAUAUACUAUAUUAUAUAUAAAAUUGUAAAUAAUAGAACUAAUUUAAUGACAAAGAAUUUUUUUAUGACUGGAAGAAAUAUUAAUUUUUUUUUGUGCAAUUUAUAUAUAUUAUAUAUAUUAGUUAUAUUUUGAAUUAGUUGGAAAUUGUAAUGAAAAGAUGAGCAAUAAUUAUGAAUAGUAAAAUUAAUAAAUAUAAAUCUAAUGAAAUCUUUUAACCAAAAAAAUACUUUUUUUUUAUAUUUUAGAAAUUAUAAUUAAAAAAUAUAUUAUAACAUUUUUAAUUUCCCUGGUAGAUCUAGAUUACGGUAAAUUAUCGUAAUUUACGGUAUUAGGAAGAAUUCCUGUAAAAUACGAUAUUUCUCCGCAAACCCAGAUCGCAAAAUGACGUCUUAAUGAGUUCUGAAUGAAUUCCUAUUUUUGAUUUAGACGUCUCAUCAACAUCUUAAAGAAGUUUUUAAGAAGAUCUCAAAAUGUCGAAUGAACCACCUAGCGAAUUCAGUAAGACGUUUUUAAAAAGAGUUCUUUUUUCUGACUUCGCAAAUAAGCCUUCAGUAUGAAUUUACCAUGGCGUCUUUAAGGAGCUCCUAAUUUUGACUUCAUAAAGAAGUUUAAAAAAGAAUACAUUUAGUCGUCACAAAACUGACGUUUUAUUUAUGGAGUCUUCAAGAACUCUCAAUUAAGAGUUCUUAAAAAUGACACCUUUGAGAAGUCAUUGUAAGACUUCUUGAGGACGCCUUCAAAGACCAAGUAAAGCAGUCAUUCCGACUUGAAUGCUGUCUGGGAAUUGCGGUAUUUUACAGCAUUACGCAGUAAAUUCCGGUAUUUUACAGUAACGGUACAGUAAUUCCCCGUAAAUUUGCGGCAAUCCUGCGGUAUUUUACCGCAAAUGUGUAUUAACAUUGCGGUAUUUCACCGUAAAGUGAAGUAUUUCACUGUGUUACGGUAAUAAUUCCACAAAUUGCAGUAACUUACUGUAUUCUACUCAAAAUUGCCGCAUUUUUACCGCAAAUUACCGUAACUAUGGCGAAUUUGAGUAAACUACGACAUCUUAUGGUCAAAUUCGGCAAUUUACCGUAAUUCUGAUCCACUAGAAAAUUGUGUAUAUAUCUAUAAAAAUAUAUGAAUUUUAAAAGGAAAAAUCAACAAAACAUAAAAUAAUUUACUCAGCCCAAUAAAUCGAGCGUAAAAAAUAGAUAACAAAUCACAAUAACGCCAAAAUAUUCAUGAUUUAAAUAUUGAGGUUAUAUAUGACAUCAUAUAUUACAUCGUAACCUCACAUACAUUCGGAUGUAUUCGGAAACAUUCGGCAGAGUUGUUAAUUCAUAAUUAAUAUCUUUAUUAGACAUAAAUUUUAAGUGAUUUAAUUCAAAAUUAAUGGACAAAAAAAAUUGAUAUUUCUCAUCUUUUCAAUUUUCCAAAUAUUAAUUUUUUUUUUUUAAAUAAAAAAACGUACACGUGAUAAUCAAAUGAAAAAUUAUAUUGAUUGACAGUUGGUGUAACUGGAUUAUUGAGCAAACAAAUAUGACAAUGUUAUAUAAAUAACAUGGAUACAAUAAAAAUAAAAAUACAUAAAUAUAUAUGUAUAUAUUAAUGUGUAUAUGUAUUCAAUGAACACGGUAGCUGUAAAGUUAUCAAAGAUAUAGAUUCUUUGACAUAAAAAUUCAUUGGAUCACUCGUACGGUGUGUAAACGAGUAUAUUGUACAUGAAAAUAAUAAUAAAAAAUCUAAAACAAAAAUCAUAAAUGCAACUCGUGAAAUACAUGAACUGAAACUAAAAAGUUAUCAACUAUUCAGUCGAGAGAUAGUGUGUGUAUACUGUCGGAUUGAACAUUGAUUUGAAUCACUGGUGAUGUAUUUUCACAAACUUUAUUAACAGGAUUUUAUUUACAUCACUCUUCUAUCGCACUUCACUAUCAAUUCAUAUUUAUAUUUAUUAUUAUUACCGCGACAAAGUUUUUUUUUUAUUGUUGAAAAAAAAAAAAGAAUCAUAAAAUUGGCGCGAACGCUUUAAUCUAGAACAAUCUUUGUAAUAAUGUAAUAUAAAAAAAAAAUUUCUAUGCUCUUUAGAGAAAAAGUAAAAGAAAAAGUAAAUAAUAAGUCUGAAAGAAAGAAUGAAUCAGAGAAAUAUAUUAAUAGUUAUAAAUUAUAUAGAAAUAUAUAAUGUAAACUUGAGGGUCAAAAGAAAUGUUAUAUAUAAAUGAAUUAUAUAUAAAUAUAAAUAUAAAUAUAAAAAUAUAUAUAUAUAU